AUGCGUGUCUCUUUUGUGGUAAUUGCAGUCUUAAUCUUGGGUAUUCAACAGGCAGUAGCCUAUACGAUUGUUGUAAAAGCUGGUACAAAGGAGUGCUUCUAUGAGGAUUUACAUAAGGAUGAUAGAAUGACGUUAACUUACCAAGUGGGAGAAGGAGGGCAUCUGGAUAUUGACUUUACGAUGACUGAUCCAAAUGACAAACAAAUAAUAAAAGAAGAUAGACAAUCGACUGGGACAUACUCGGUGGGGACUCAGUUUGAUGGCAGAUAUACUUAUUGCUUUAGUAAUGAGAUGUCUAGCGUCACGGAUAAAACUGUUAGCUUCAACGUUCAUGGACUUGUAUAUAUACCAGAAGAUAGUUCUCACACGGAUCCAGUUGAAAAGGAAAUUAGAGAGUUAGCCGAUAAUCUUGCCGCAAUUAAAGACGAACAGGCUUAUUUGGUUAUAAGAGAAAAAACACAUCGUAACACUGCUGAGAGUACUAAUGACAGGGUCAAAUGGUGGUCCCUAUUCCAAUUCGCCGUGCUGAUAUCAGUUUGCCUCUGGCAGGUGUUUUAUCUUAAGAGUUUCUUUGAAGUCAAACGGGUUGUCUAG